AAAAUCGGGAACACCGAACGUGGCCUAUAACGGUACCUCAUAAACCAUAUUAAUGGCGCAUUCAUAAAUUAAGUUGUACCUAUUAAUAUAAUUUUAUUGACUCCUUAUCGAGGCAUGAUUAUCCGGCUGUGGCCAAAGACUAAAAACCCUGUAUAAAAGCCAGAGUAAAAGAACUUUGUGUACAGAGUUUCACCGAGAAAGAACAUUUAUAUACUUAAAAAUGCGUAUAUUGAUAAAAUUCUUAACUUUAUUUACGCUAAUCCUCGCAGUCACAAGCGCGGUGGCCGCGGGAACAGCAUGGUGGGAGAGCGCAUCCUUUUACCAAAUCUAUCCACGCUCAUUCAAAGACAGCGACGGUGAUGGUAUUGGUGAUGUGAAAGGCAUUACACAACAGUUGGCCUACUUGAAGGAGAUCGGCAUUCACGCCACUUGGUUGUCUCCUAUUUUCACUUCACCCAUGGCUGACUUCGGUUAUGAUGUCGCGAAUUUCACUGAAAUCGAUCCAAUGUUCGGCACGCUAGAGGAUUUCGAGGAGCUCUUAGCGAAAGCCAAGGAGCUUGGUAUAAAAAUUAUUUUGGACUUUGUGCCCAAUCACACGAGUGACGAAUGCGAGUGGUUUAUCAAGUCAGCGCAGAAUGAUACUGAGUAUAAGGACUUUUAUGUUUGGCAUCCAGGCAAGAAUAACUCAAGAGAGCCACCAACGAAUUGGAUUAGUGUUUUCCGUGGCUCCACAUGGACGUGGCAUGAGGGACGUCAGGCCUACUAUCUACACCAGUUCCAUAGCAAGCAACCCGAUCUUAAUUACAACAACCCAAAAGUGCGCGAGGCGAUGAAGAAUGUGCUCCGCUACUGGAUACGCAAAGGCGUUGCUGGUUUUCGCGUGGAUGCUGUGCCCCACGUCUAUGAGAUCGCUGCUGAUGCCAAUGGCGACUGGCCGGAUGAACCGCGCAAUCCCGAUGUGAACGACCCAGAAGACUAUGAAUAUCUGCAACACAUCUACACAACACACCAGCCGGCCACGCUAGAUGUCGUCUACGAAUUCCGUCAGGUGCUGAAGGAGUUGGAUGAGGAACUUGGUGACGAUGAGCAUAUACUGUUAACCGAAGCUUAUGGUCCGCUGAGUGUGCUCAUGCAAUACUAUGGCAACGGCACGGUUGAUGGUUCACAAAUACCUUUCAACUUCGAGUUGAUCAGCAACGUGAAUAAUGAGUCCACUGCUUACGAUUACGCGCGAUUUAUACACAACUGGUUGGACCAAAUGCCCAAAGGAAGAGUGGCGAAUUGGGUGAUGGGAAAUCACGACCAAACUCGCAUUGCAGCGCGUCUUGGCAAAGAUCGCAUUGACUUGAUUAAUGUUUUAUUGAAGACUCUACCCGGUGUUAGUGUUACCUAUCAAGGUGAAGAGAUCGGCAUGUCGGAUGUUUGGAUUUCAUGGGAGGAGACCGUCGAUCCACAAGGUUGUCAAUCAAAUCCACAGGAGUAUGAGCGACUCACACGUGAUCCGGUACGUACACCCUUCCAAUGGAACGAUGGACAUAAAGCCGGCUUCACUGAAGGCCAAACCACUUGGUUGCCAAUUGCCAGCGACUACACAUUGGUGAAUGUCAAACGUCAACGUGGCAUUGCCAAUAGCCAUUUGAAUGUCUACAAACAGCUACAGAUUUUGCGUGACUCCAAGACGUUGCGCGAAGGCGAGGCCGAUAUCAAGGCGAUUAGUGAAGAUGUUUUGGGCGUAAAACGUUUCCUCGCUGGUGAACGCACUUACAUUGUUCUGUUGAACCUUAACAACAAUUUGGAGGCGAUCAAUCUGAAUGCAGCUUUCGGCGAUCUUACGCCACUAUUAGAAUACGUCUUAGUUACGGAUAGAAGCGCUCGUCGCAAGGGUGACAUAAUCCAUGCGGAUUCUAUUGUGCUGUUGCCUAAGGAAGCCGUUGUAUUGGGCACACUGAUUUAAGUCUGAUCAUUUUUUGACUAGUUUAAGUUUAGGCUGAAACCUAUUUAGAAUUAAAACUAUUUGUCCGAGAUAAAACGAAUAAUUAUAUUGUAAUUUUAAGAAAUUCCGAUUUUUGUAAUUUCUAAGCUCUGAAAUUGCAGUUUGAUU